AUGAGACGUUUGAAAAUCGGUAUUCGACCGCAGUUGAUUGUAUUGGUUUGCUUUGCUUCUUUAUUUUCAUUAUUGAUCUUGGGGAUAGUCACCGGACUUUAUUUCAGUGAAAACUUGACCGAUUUGCGAUCCGAGCGUUUAUACGUUAUAUCCCAGCUAAAGACAACCCAGGUGCAGCAAGCUGUGGCGUUUGUUGCUUACCAAGUGGGAACUUUGGCCUCUAUUGAUUCCAUCACAACACCACUUUCACAAUACCGUGCGGGUAAUAACUCGAGAGAGGUGUUUGUCAAUGCUCAAGAUACAUUGGAGCAGUUUAUGUCCUCGACGGAGACUUUUGCUUCUGUGAGAUUGUAUAAUCUCGAACUACAAGUGAUGGCCUCGUCUUACAAUAAUGCAACUGUUGUUUCGCAAUUUGCAAGUAACGCACUAUAUCCUUUGCAGCCAAAUGCCUCAAUACCUCAAGCGUUGCUAAACACAGCAAGUUCAGAAUUUUACUUCACGGGACCCAUUGCCAACGACUCCUCCGAUGCUUUUAGUCAUUACUUUAUGGGAGUAACGUUACCUGUUUACUCCAACUCUUCAAUUCUCAUUGACCGGCCUUAUGUUGCCGGCUAUUUAUCAAUCAUUGCAAGUGCUUCGACCGUGCAAAAUGCUCUUAAUGCCUCCACGGAAGAUUACGGAACCGUUGCCGUGAAGCCUUUAUACGCACCAGGAAGCGGGAAUCCGGUCGAAAAUGAACUGGAUGGCAGGGAUGAAGGCGCCAUUGGAUUCCAAGCAGUGUUUCCUUCAACGGCUUCGGUUCUCGUGCCGGGCACCAACUACAAUAUCAAUGCGUCGAGCGCGAUAAGUACUGCCAUACAAUCGAAUUCAGGAACUUCAACCAAUGUCAAGGCAAUCACUGGUGAAAACGUUGCCAUUGGCUUUACGCGUAUCUACCUAAACAAUUUAUUAUGGGUCAUUGUAGCGGUGCAACGUAAAGAGAUAUUCAAUGAACCAAUUGAGCGGCUCAAGAAGAUUAUUGUUGGCGUUGUUAUUGGAAUUGGUGUUUUCAUGUGUUUGAUAACUUUCCCACUUGCUGUGUGGUUUAUACGGCCCAUAAGAAAACUAAAAGAAUCAACGGAGGCCAUAACAGGGACCAAGAAACAAAGAGAGUUUUUUCACAAGGGCAGCGACGUGUCGUCGAGUGGAUCACAUGAGAAAUUAGAAACUAGAGGUAGUGUUUCGUCGGCCAAGUCUGGCGGCUCCUAUUCAACUGGGAUCCGACUUCCUAACAGCAUCCGGCUAUCAAAGCGGAUAUUCAAGGAUGAGUUGACGGAAUUGUCCGAGGCGUUCAAUAUCAUGACUGAUGAGUUGGAUAAACAGUAUACCCACUUGGAGGAUAGAGUCAAAUUGAGGACAAGGGAGUUGGAGGCUUCCAAAAUCGAAGCAGAGGCUGCUAAUGAGGCAAAGACUGUGUUUAUUGCAAACAUCUCCCACGAAUUACGGACUCCGUUGAAUGGUAUUCUUGGAAUGACUUCCAUCGCUAUGGCUGAGAAGGAUCCAAAUAGAGUGCACGACUCGCUUUCACUUAUCCUGAGGUCGGGAGAAUUACUUCUUCACAUUUUAACAGAGUUGUUGACCUAUUCGAAAAACACUUUGAACCGGUCCAAGUUGGAAAAAUCCGAGUUUCUCAUAAUGGAGAUUGUUUAUCAAAUUAGAUCCAUUUUCCAUAAAAAUGCCCAUGAUCAUCGCGUCAAUUUCAAAAUGUUGGUCAAACCAAAUGCUUUGAGGAGGUUGGUUUUGUUUGGCGAUUCAAAUAGAAUUAUUCAAAUUGUGAUGAAUUUGGUUUCAAACUCGUUAAAGUUUACUCCCGUUGACGGCCAUAUUGACGUGACGUUUAGAUUGUUGGGGGAGUAUGACCACGAAAGAUCCGAGAGCUGCAAUUUUGAAAAAGUUUAUGUCAAGAAUAACCCAAACUUACCGCCGCCUCCGUCUACAAUAAGCCCGUCUUUGGGGUCUGUGAGACUAAGUACUGAAGUUGCCAAGCGAAGGAGGACUCAGGAGUCCCUCGAUCCAAUCUUGGAAAAAAAUGUCAUUGACAACAACAAUAAUGACAACAACAAUGACAACAAUAAUGCCGUUGAUCUCGAUGGUGACAACAACGACAACGACAACAUUAGUAUUGUCACUUUGUCAACUGCUCAAUACGAGAAUGUCAUAUUUGAACAGCAGUUUCACACCAGACACAAGAAAACUCUUAGUUUAUCUACUCGAAAUGCAGAUGAUAGCAGCGCGACUCAUUAUGAAUCGUCAGAUUCCAAAAAUACAUCUUCAACUAGCGAUGACUCCUUGACUCCCACUGAUGAAAAGACAGAAAUCGACGCGCGUGUCGAGCAGCGUCACUAUAUCAUGCCCAAGGAACAAGAUUUCAAACUGUAUCCGACGUUUGAUAAAAAGGACCGUUUUGAGUCGAAUGAUCUGAUCUAUGCUAGCGGAGACAAGUCGUAUCCUGGCACAACAUUGCGAGAACCUAGAACAUGGGUGUUGGAGAUUCUGGUGAGCGAUACUGGACCAGGGAUCGAGCCAGCGUUGCAGGAAAGAGUGUUUGAGCCUUUUGUGCAGGGUGACCAAACUUUGAGUCGGAGCUACGGGGGCACGGGAUUGGGCCUUAGUAUUUGUCGCCAGCUUGCCAAGAUGAUGCACGGAUCAUUGACCUUGAAAUCAACAAUUGGUCAAGGGUCGACUUUUACAUUGUGUUUGCCUUUGAAACAGACGGCAGAGAUUAAUAUCCCCAGCAAUGAAUGGGCCAACAUGUGUCAGGAUGAGUUUAACCCAGAUUCGAAAUUCAACCGCAGGGUUGUAUUUGCAGAUGAAAUGAACGCCGACUCACUGGACAAAGAUAUUGGUGCUAGUGCUGGUGCUAGUGCUGGAAAUGGGCAGGGGCCGCUGUCAAAUGACCUGCCAGGUUCCGACGACGCAGCAGGCACAAAUAUCUACCUCAAUGCAAACUCUUCAUUUGCCAAUAACGCCACCAAAUCUACCUCGAGACUCAAGCUUGAAGACCCGCAAGUAUUUUCUAAAGGCUCGACUGGAACCGCGACGCGUACACCGGAUAAAAGCGCACAUCUUACCGGCUUGUCGAUAUCGAGUCCUUCCACAAGUUCGCUCAUGGACGACAUUUGCAACUUGAAAAUCCUCGUGGCUGAAGAUAAUGAAGUGAACCAGGAGGUUAUCAAGCGGAUGUUGAAGCUCGAAGGAUUCACCAACGUGGUUAUGGCUGCCAAUGGUGCCGACGCGGUGGAGUUGAUUCGAGACUCUCUCUCAUCUAGCCAGCCCAAGGAUGCAUUUGAUUUGGUGUUUAUGGAUGUUCAAAUGCCGAUUAUGGAUGGUAUAACUGCAGUUAAGAUAUUACGGCAAAACUUGAAGUACACUAAACCGAUUAUUGCACUCACUGCGUUUGCUGAUGAUUCCAACAUCCGAGAGUGCAAGAAUGCAGGAAUGGACGGGUUCUUGGCCAAGCCAAUCAAGAGGGCCAAUUUGAAGAAAAUUAUUAGUGAAAAGUAUCCCGUCUUGUUGAAAGAGGUUGUGGUGACGCCGCAUUCGAUAAAUUCUCAAAAGAGUUCGUAUUUCCUGGGUGUCAAGCCAACAGAAGACUGA